UCUGCUUUUAAUACUUGUUUCAUUGUGUACGAUGCUACCAGUAGGAAAUGGUCAGAUUGUAGAAGCAGAUAUGCCAGUAGAGCUGAUAGAAUGUUUCCAGUUGCUACGCAAUAAAACUGGUGACGUCAGUCAGACGUAUGAAACAAACGAAGACGUCUAUAUUCAAUGUCUAAAAGAGUUUCUAUGGAAAGAAGGAAGCGUACAAUGGAACAACUUCAACAUAACUGAGAAGGACAAAGGAUACAUAAAUUCAGUCAUUGGUUCGCUUGUCCGCCGCGGUAGGCAAAAGCGUUAUGCUGGACCAGCUAAUGGAACAUUUCCAAGGACUGGAUUCAGAAUCAGACGAGAAUAUCGAAGAAUCUCCGAUGGGGAAAGAUUUGCAUUCCACAGUGCCAUUAACCAGAUGAAAACAGUAAUUGUUGGAUUUUAUACGCAUCUGGCCUUUUUGCAUAUUUUGAUCCAGAUCAUUUUCUCUAAAAUUUAGCAAACUUGUUUAUUUAACUGAAGUACGAAAAUGAGUUUGGUCGGCAAUAUGUGUCUAUGAUUGUUCAAAUAGUUGAAGUCGAAGUUGUUAAAAAAAUCUCAUUUUUACAUAUUUUGCUAAUAGAUAUAUCUUUGACUUACAUACCACUCGAUAAAAUAGUUUAUAUUUUCUGAUUAAAGAACUUAUUUUCCUUUCGGUUAACUGUGCAAAAUACACAGCAUGGAUAGAAUUUACGAUUAUUCCUUUAAACCUUAUUUAAAGUUGUUCCGGUUCCCUAAAGUAAUAUAUUAUGUACGCCUUUCGAGAAUUUAAUACCUGCUAUUUUACGCAUAAGCCAUAUAUCUUAAGCUCAAGCCAUAAAAUUCUAAUUUGAUUCUUAAUUAUUCCUGCAAUUCUAUGUGUUAUUUUUACAUCCAUUUAGACAGGACAAUAUGAUAUGUAUGCCAACUUGCACCAGGGAAUCGUCAUAACUUCAGCUCAUGGUGGACCAAAUUUUCUUGGCUGGCACAGGGUCUAUCUUGCUUUGUAUGUAUUUAUAUUGUACUUCGUAAGUUAAUACGAAAAUCGCCUUGUCCGAAACCAAAACUGUAUAAUAUCAUAAUAUUAUACUGACAACCAUUGUUGCAUUUUUAUCUGAUUAUAACUAUCCUAUUAAUAACAUGUUUGUCCAGCAAUGAACAUAUUUCAAAACUUAAACAAUUUACUUGUUAGAAUAGGUAAUGAAAAAAUUGCUUUUAAGCAAAACAAUCUUAAAUAAAUUCAUGGUUUAAUCUAGUGGAACUGUGAACAGUAAUUACGUUUUAUCCGUAUGUAUUUUCGGCAUUUCCCGUUUGUCACCGAAGCUAUUGCUGAAAUGAUCUAUAUUUAAGGCCGAAGGUUGCCGAAAUAACAGACGAGAAUACAAACUCGCGCGGAAAUUGCCGAGUGCAUUUCAGGUCCAAUCUAGUCUAGAGUUUAGAACUGAACUCGUAAAGUGACGACAAAACUGUUUUAUUCAGCUGUCUUAGGCAAUUGACCCUCUAUGUAAAAUGCAUUUAUUAUAUGUCUUGCUGAAACUUGUAGCAUAGUUACUAUGUAUUAUACAUCUAAUAAAUGUCUCGCUGGAACGUGUAAUACAGUAAUUUAAAAAAACAACAACAUUUAUUGUAUGUCACACUUGAAUGUUGCUAAUGUGUAAUUAUGAGUGUUACUUUCAGAGUUGAAGAAGAUUUGCGCAUGAUAAAUCCUAUGAUAUCCCUACCAUAUUGGGAUUCGACCCUUGACUUCGAUAUGGUGGAACCCGUUGAGUCAAUUAUCUGGACAGAGACGUUUCUUGGCAACGGUAAUGGGUUUGUCACAACUGGUCCCUUUGCUAACUGGGCGGCGGCAGGUGGGCAAUUAACUAGAAAUAUAGGUGGUGAAAGUUGUCUAUUUUCGAAGGAGAUUAUCAGAAGAAUACUUACCAGAUGUCGUGUAAGAGACAUAACAUAUCCUACAGCAAUGGAAGAGUUUAACUUAGAACAUUUCCACGGUGGUCCACAUAAUUGGGUUGGUGGUCAACUGUCUGGUUUAAAUACAGCGGCACAUGACCCUGUGUUUUUCUUACUCCACGCAUAUGUCGAUUACGUAUGGGAGCUAUUUCGAAGUAGACAAGCGACAUUUUGUGGAGUAAAUCCAUCUACUGAUUACCCCCCUACUUUGGGUCACCACGCUGCAGAACGGCCAAUGGAUGGAUUUCCCCAGUAUCGAAAUAUUGACGGAUACCGCAGCUACUGGACACAGUUCUGGUACCAGUACGAGCGUUCUCCUUCCUGUUCUAUGUGGCAACCUUUCUGCGCAAGUCCAUAUUUGCGAUGUGAUUUGGCACGCCAGCGAUGUAUAUCAGUGGCAAGAAUGGGACCUGCUCCUAUGGCAAGAGGUUUUGCAGCUGCUGGUGGGGCUGCUUCAGCGGCCUCACCUAGCUCUAUGGCAUCAGUAAUGCAGGCUCGUUCUCAGGAAUCAACAAUAGCAAUCGGUCCACGGUUCAGAGCACCACCUUCGGAGCCAAGAACACAGGCUGCUAGAAUCGGAAUGGCGCCCGGCAGAAUGAGACGAUCUGUCAAGAAAACAUUAGAUACAAGAAGCAAUAAAUCCGGAAAUGAAAAAACGUCCAACUUUCCAACACUUGGAUCAAUAUUUAAAGCAUCAGCAUCUGCCAACCGCACUAGAGGCUAUCAUAAUGGAGCAUUUACUGGAGGUGUCAUUGGGAUAUAUCAAGAUUUGACAAGAUCCGCAGCUAUGAAUGAAUCCCAAUUUCUAGGCUCUGAGUAUAUGCAGCUACUCCCUAUGCCAUAUUAUCACGAGACGCCUUUAACCGACCUGUUGAGGCCGCCCGUCAAAAACACAUUUGUCCUCAAUGGACAUGUCGAUGUUGCACAGUGGGCGUUUAUCCCCGUUAGAGUUAUAUAUACUAGUGCCUCUGAAAAUCCACUCUCACAUUUCCUAAGAAGCAGGCAUGAAUAUUCAAAACACCAGUUUAAACAGUCAUCAAAUACAACCGAAAUAUCGUCAAUAAGUCAGAGAUGUAUUCAAGACGAAUCUGGUGCAAUGCAAGUCAGAAUACAGUCCAACGGGCUAAAUUAUAAUGGAGACUACUCCGGUUAUGCCCUAAUUGACCGCCAUUUACCGGUUGACUCUGCUACUACAUAUAUUGGUAUAAAAUCUCCGGAAGUAGAGCAUACCGAAGUCAUCUUGUCUGCCGUUCACUCGUGUGGUCUCAUGUGCCGAGCUCAUUGUCAUAUACCUGAAUCAGUACCGGCUGCAUUUAAACCAUGUUCAGGAGUUUUGAAAAUAUCAAACAACGAUCCAAACGUGUACGGGCGCACGUAUGAGGAGGCAGUGUCUCGUGUUUGGCAAGGAAUACUUUCUGGUGGAGGGGUCCAGAAUGAAAACAUAAGACUUGUCUUUGAUUGCUCCAAUGUUGAUAAGUCAUCAUGGUUUUCAGAUAAUGCGUCAUCCAAUGACACAAUGUUCUGACUU